GACAAGACAGGUGCCAUUAUAAUCUGCAGGUUUAUUAAAUCAUGGACCCUCGUACCAGUGCCCAGGAUGUGAUGCGAUGUGACCUGUGUGAGACCGCUGUGGUACAGAUGCACUGUGAUACAUGUCUUGUCAACCUGUGUACAGCUUGUGUAGGAGAACACAUGAUUUCUGAUGAAUCCAAGGACCACAAAGUCGUCAAAUUUCAGGCCAGGAAAUCCACCCCUCUCUACCCUUCAUGUAUUUUGCAUUACAAUCAAUGUAUAUUGUACUGUAAACAAUGUGAACUUUCUGUUUGUUCAGAGUGCCUUACUUCUGAUCAACAUCUGGGUCAUAAAUUUUCUGACAUCUUAAAUGUUGUAAAUGAAAAAAAGGAUAAAAUUAUCAAAGAACAAAGUGAAUUACGUGAGACAAUUUAUCCCACCUACCAGGACAUUGCCUCUGAUGUACAAAACAGAAUGAGUCAGUUAGAAAAAGAAUAUGGAGAUCUCUCAACAGCCAUAACAAAACAUGGAGAGGACUGGCACAGAGAAAUUGACAAACUUGUCCAGAAACUUAAAGCUGAAGUUGAUGAGAUGAAAAACACACAGUUACAAACUCUACAGAAACAACUGGAUGAAAUAAACAAGACAAUGUCUGGCAUCAAGGAUGAAAUCAAUACAUCCUGUACUGUUGUAGAGUCUAAUGAAGUUUCAAAGCUUUUUAAUUUAAAAUCUGUUAAUAUAGAAAGAUAUAAAAAUCUACCUGAAAAAAUUCUUCCAUCUUUACCAAAAUUUACACAAGGCAGAAUCCAAGGAGGAGAUAUAAGUAAUCUGUUUGGAAUCUUAUCAUCAAGUUCAUUAACUUCAGAUAAACAUGGCUACAGCAUGAAGACAACACAGAAAUCACCAGAAGCUGGAUCCUCUCCUCCAGUCAAACAGCUGCUUGAUGAACCAGAGACUGCCUCCACCACAGACACUGGGUAUGGACAACUUUACAAUGUGGCCUGUGUGAGUGAUGAAGAAAUCUGGGCGAGUGGAAAUGGCAGCACCAUGAAACUCUACAGCAUCAAUCAGGGAUCACCACUCAAGUCAAUCCGAACCAAGUCAAGGUACGAACCAUCUGACAUAGCAGUGACAAAAAGUGGAGAUCUAGUUUAUACUGAUUACAGAGAUAGAACUGUGAACAUUGUGAAGAAUGAGAAGAUAGAGGAGGUGAUCAGAUUACAGAACUGGAAACCUCGCGGUGUCUGCAGUACCUCCUCUGGUGACCUUCUGGUUAUCAUGAUCAGUGAUGAUAACAAACAAACAAAAGUUGUCUGUUACUCUGGCUCCACAGAGAAACAAACCAUUCAGUUUGAUGAUCAAGAUAAACCUCUUUAUUCAUUUAAUUCUGAUUACAUAACUGAGAACAGGAACCUGGAUAUCUGUGUGUCUGACUUUGGAGCUAAAGUAGUAGUGGUGGUCAAUCAGGCUGGGAAACUGAGAUUCAGGUACACCGGACAUACUCCUACUCCAAAGAACCUACCAUUCUAUCCACGAGGAAUCACCACAAACAGUCAGAGUCACAUCCUUACAGCUGAUCGUAACGAUGACUGUGUUCACAUCAUAGACCAGGAUGGACAGUUCCUCCGUUACAUAAACUGUGGAUUAAAUAAUCCAAUAGGACUUUGUACAGAUACAAAUGACAAUCUGUUUGUUGCUGAAAAUCACGAAGGGAAAGUGAAAAAAAUAAAACUUUUGCAAUGA